UACUUAAAAACAGAUAAUAUUAUUCUAGAUAUAAACUAUAAGACGAUAUAAUGAUAAUUGAUUUUUUUCGUAAUAAAAACAUUAAAAUAACCAUUAAUUAUUGCAGAUCGGUGUACACUUCUCGAUUUGCACUCUUCAAUGGUCGACGCUUUUGUGGCGUAGAUACUUAUUCACGUCGAUAGCGCGUGCUGUUUGCAUACACAUUAGCUGACAUUACCCAAAGAUUUAAUUUGACACAUCGUGUCUCAUUAAGCGACCGUACAAAAACGGUGGUCAAUUCCUUGUGCGACCGUCGUCUGUAACGAGUGAAGUAGAUACGCCGAAAAGGGUAAUAAAUACUUUAACAAUAAUCGACGACGCCGAACAGGGUUAUACCAUUUUGUUCCUCUCAUCUGUGUAUCAUGCGCUGUCUUUAUUCAUCUCAUUUGAACGCGCGUAAAUUACGUAUUUUUUUUUCUUCUUAUAGUUACACAACAAUACAUAAUUAUAUAUGAUAAUAUAAUAUCGUAAUCGGACACCUCUGCCGCCGCCUACUUCGAGUGACACCUGACAAGUGACCGCCUAUACGUUUCGUGUGCGUACCAACGUGCGAGUGUGUUGUGCACACAAAUGUAACAUAUCAGUCGGACCAACACUUGCAGGAUCGCUAAGAUGGACGAGUCGGCAGACGGCCUAUCCUCGACUGGUAACAGGACGACCGCGCAGAGCUUCAAAGUUGUCCUGUUGGGCGAAGGGUGCGUGGGCAAAACGUCGCUGGUGCUUCGGUAUACAGAAGACAAGUUCAACGACAAACACGUUAGCACGCUACAGGCAUCUUUUGUCAAGAAAAAGCUCAACCUCAACGGGCGGAGAAUUAACUUGUCGAUAUGGGAUACAGCCGGACAAGAGAGGUUCCAUGCUUUGGGACCGAUUUACUACCGGAUGUCCAAUGGUGCAAUACUUGUUUACGACAUCACUGAUGAAGAUUCUUUUCAAAAAGUGAAAAAUUGGAUUAAAGAAUUGAAAAAGAUGUUAGGAAGUGAAAUUUGCCUUGUUAUUGCUGGAAACAAAAUUGAUUUAGAAAAAGAUCGUACAGUUUCAGUAGAAGACGCAGAAAACUAUGCCAGUUCAGUUGGUGCUGUACAUUUUCAUACAUCAGCCAAAAUGAAUUCAGGCAUUGAAGAAAUAUUUUUGAGUUUGUGUCGUAUGAUGAUUGAAAAGGCUGAUAAACAAAUCGCUGAUAAUUUAGUCACACUAAAUCGAUCAGGAAGUACAAGAAGAAGAACCAUUAUAAUUGAUGAUGAAGAUGACAUGUCAUCCAAAGAAUCGUCACGUUGGUGUUGUAGUAGUUAAUUCAUUGCUUUUGCCUUUUUAAAAAUGGUUUAAAGAUACCAAAUUUCAUGUUUAUUAUAUAUUUAUAUUUUUUUUGAAAAACAGUUUUGUU